AUGAACAGCCACGCGGCCGGAACAAGCAACGGCGGAUCCGGGGAUGCGGCCGCCGGGGGCGCGGCGAGGAGGAACACCAGGAUGCCCAAGUAUUCCAAGUUCACACAGCAGGAGCUGCCGGCCUGCAAGCCGAUUCUUACUCCAAAAUGGGUUGUCUCUGUUUUCUUCAUCGUCGGGGUCAUCUUUGUUCCCAUUGGUGUUGUUUCACUGCUAGCUGCAAGAGAUGUUGUUGAGAUUAUUGAUCGGUACGAUGAGGCAUGUGUGCCAAGCAACAUGACUGAGAACAAGCUUGCUUACAUCCAGAAUGAGACCAUAUCCAAAGAGUGCAUAAGGAAUCUUACGGUUACGAAGGACAUGAAGCAGCCUAUUUUUGUGUAUUAUGAACUUGAUAAUUUCUACCAGAACCAUAGGAGGUAUGUCAAGAGCCGAAAUGAUGCACAGCUAAGAGAUGCUAGUAAAGCUAACCAGACAUCCGCUUGUGAACCUGAGAAGACCACGGCUAAUGGGCAACCAAUUGUUCCUUGUGGCCUCAUUGCUUGGAGCUUGUUUAAUGAUACAUAUAAUUUCACUCGUGGUAAUGAGAACUUGACAGUGGACAAGAAGGACAUUUCCUGGAAGAGUGAUAGGGAGCAUAAAUUUGGUAAAGAUGUCUAUCCGAGCAACUUCCAGAAUGGUGCACUUAAAGGUGGAGCAACACUUAACCCAAAGAUUCCGUUGAGUGAGCAAGAGGACCUCAUCGUUUGGAUGCGGACUGCAGCACUUCCUACGUUCAGAAAGUUAUAUGGGAGAAUAUACUUUGACCUCAAGGAGAAUGACACAAUAACAGUGAGAUUGAAUAACAACUACAAUACAUAUAGCUUUGGCGGCAAGAAAAGACUGGUCCUCUCCACUGCAACCUGGCUUGGGGGCAAGAACGAUUUUCUUGGCUUUAUGCAUAUAGUUGGUGGGCUCUGCAUUUUCCUGGCAUUUGCAUUCACCUUGCUGUACUUCAGUAAAACCAAGGACUUCUCUGUGCUUGCUAAAGCAUCCGUCUAUCAUUAUUUUUCAUUGACACCCUACACGAGUGGAAAUGCUAAUCCUAUCUGUGGCUUCGGCAGGAAACUGGGAGACCACAACUACUUAUCCUGGAACAGACACCCCGCAGGACGCUAA